UUUGCUAAUUAAUUAUUUGCAUCCUUUUUAUUGCUUAUUUUGGAUCCUUUUGCAAAAAAAAAUUCAACAAUUUUGCAGUUGCUUUACAUAAAAAGCCAAAAUCGUCCCACUGACUUGACUACUCCCUCCAAUCUCCAUUCACCCCAUCCUCCUCGACCUCGAUAGUAUAAAUCAUAACUACACUAUCCCCAUUUUUCCCGUCCACCACCGUCACCGUCAUCGUCACCGCCUUCUUCGAAAACAUGGAGAAAUCCGGCUACGGACGGGACGGCAUUUACAGAUCACUCCGGCCGACACUCGUCCUUCCCAAAGACCCAAACCUCUCCUUGGUCGAAUUCCUCUUCAGAAGCUUCAAUUCGCACUCCCACAAGCCGGCCCUCCACGACGCCGAUUCCUCCCUCUCCCUCACCUUCUCCGACCUCAAAUCGGCCGUUUCCAAGUUCGCCAACGGGCUCCGCCAUCUGGGUAUCUCCAGAAACGACGUCGUCCUCAUCUUCGCCCCCAAUUCGUACCAGUUCCCGAUUUGCUUCCUCGCCGUCGCUUCCUUCGGCGCCAUUGCAACUACAGCGAACCCUCUCUACACCACCGCCGAGCUCGGGAAGCAGAUCAAGGAUUCCAAUCCCAAGCUCAUCAUCACCGUCCCCGAGCUGUGGGAGAAAGUCAAGGGGUUUGACUUGCCGGCCGUGUUUCUGGGGCCGCCGGAGCAGCAAAGUCCCCCGGCCGGGGUCAGAAGCUUCCAUCAGGUGGUGGAGCUCGUGGGGUCGGCGGAUUUUCCGGCGAACAGGGUGAAGCAGAGCGACACGGCGGCGCUUUUAUAUUCGUCGGGGACGACUGGGGUCAGCAAAGGUGUGGUUUUGACUCACCGGAAUUUCAUCGCGGCGGCGACGAUGAUCACCAUGGAUCAGGAAACGGCAGGGGAAUCGGACAACGUUUUCCUCUGUUUCUUGCCGAUGUUCCAUGUGUUUGGACUGGCUGUCAUCACUUACUCGCAGCUGCAGCGAGGGAAUUCGGUGGUGGCGAUGGGGAAAUUCGAUUUCGAGAUGGUUCUGAAGGCUGUGGAGAGGUACAGGGUCACCCACAUGUGGGUUGUCCCGCCGGUGAUACUUGCUCUGGCGAAACAGAGCUUGGUGAAGAAGUACGACUUGUCGUCGUUGAAGGAGAUUGGCUCCGGAGCAGCUCCUCUUGGGAAAGAUCUGAUGAUGGAAUGCUCCAGGAAUCUCCCCAACGUUGCAAUUCUUCAGGGAUAUGGAAUGACAGAAACUUGUGGGAUUGUUUCGGUGGAGAAUCGAAGGGUAGGGCCUAAGCAUUCUGGUUCAGCUGGUACACUAGUUGCAGGAGUUGAGGGCCAAAUUGUUAGUGUGGAUACUCAGAUGCCUCUUCCACCAACUCAGCUUGGAGAAAUUUGGGUUCGAGGGCCGAAUAUGAUGCAAGGUUAUUUCAACAAUCCACAGGCUACAAAGCAGACUAUAGAUAAGCAGGGUUGGGUACAUACUGGAGAUCUCGGGUACUUCGACGAUAAUGGACACCUAUAUGUUGUGGACAGGAUCAAAGAACUUAUCAAAUACAAAGGCUUUCAGGUUGCUCCAGCUGAGCUAGAAGGGCUGCUAGUUUCUCACCCCGAGAUACUAGACGCUGUUGUCAUCCCUUUUCCUGAUGCUGAAGCUGGUGAAGUCCCCGUUGCCUACGUGGUUCGCUCCCUCAACAGCUCGCUGACCGAAGUAGAUGUUCAGAAAUUCAUUGCCGAUCAAGUUGCAUCUUUCAAAAGACUGAGGAGGGUGACCUUCAUUAACACUGUCCCUAAAUCAGCUUCAGGGAAGAUCCUCAGAAGAGAACUCAUCGAGAAAGUAAGGUCCAAAAUAUGAGAGCUAGGCUCAAGCCUCAAUGUAUACCAACUGUGUUCACUGUAAAUUCCAGGAGAAGUGAAGUAGCAAAUGGAAGUUCAGAAGGCAGAGUAACAUUUCACCAUUGGUGUAGUUGGUGGGGAUACUUUAAUAGAGGCGGGGAAGGGAAAUAAAAUUAGAUUAAUCUGUUGUUUACACAUGAUAAUAAACAGGAGGUGUUGGUUUUGAUUCUGUCCAUGAUCUGUGCCUGCCCACCUAACUCUUAAUAAUUUAAUUUAGGGUUUGGUAGGUCAAUGGGACAUUCGACUGUGUCUGUGUGUGUGUUUUAUGUGCAAAUCCAGAUUUGUAUGGAAAUUGUUUAUUGUUUGACGCCAGGAAAAGUAACAGUCUGUUCCUCAAACAUUCACUAACUACAUUACAUUCAAAAAUAAUUAUUGGGACUUGAAUGGCAUAAUUCUAAACGUUCACCAUUUGCUAAAAAGACAAAGAGGGGAGCUGAUAUUGAUCCAUCGGUCGGCUUGCCAUUUGACUAAUGCAUUUGUAAUCCUAGGUACGAUUCACGAAUGAUAUAAUAUUUACAUUGUAGUUUUUUAAUAUAUGAAUUGAUUUUCGAAAUUGUAUCAAAAUUUUUAGUUGAUAGUUGAGAGGCAUUUGUGUUUAUUGUUUAAAUCUUCGUGAUUUUCUAUAUUUGUAGCACAUGAUGGUAGUUGUUGGGGGAAUGAGUAUGGGUCGGAGGUCGACCCAAAAGGGAAGGCCUAGAGAAGAUUGUUGGAGAGGCACAGACGUGGGCCAUGCAGGGCCCAACCGGAGAAACACAAAGAAGCCCACGGGGACAAGAGCCUUGGGCCGGAAGGCGCGUGGUGAAGGGCCCAAAUGGCCAGGGUGGCGCGUGAGACAGGUGGGACCAGACACCUGGCAAGAGGCGCAUAGGACAAAAGACACCCAACGGUCGGAAGUGUACGAAAAGCUGGCCACAUGAUGUCAUGCGCCUCAAACCCCUGACUAAAGUGUCAGGUGGUCGAGGCGCAUGCGCGAGGGUUGUACGGCGCAUUUAUGGCGGGCCUGACACAAGGCGAGAGCGACGGAUACCGGUCGAUCUUGCCCCGAGUAUAAAUAGUGAAGUAGGAAAACCUCAUUUACUUAGUUUUUGCUUCUCUUACUAGAACUGUUCUCUACUUCUCUCUCUAAAAAGAAAGGUUCUCACUUGGACGUCGGAGUGCUAACGGAGCUACCCGGUCCGCAAGGCGCUUGUGCGUGCAGGCAAGCACGCGACAGGAAGCGUAGUAGAGAUCGAGGCGCGGAGCGGAAGGAAGGAGACUUCGGGGCAUAAACAGUAGUUAUUGCCAAACUUCAACUUAAUGAGCUCAUUUUUCGUUUUUUUUUUGGAUUCGUGUAAGCAGUAUAAGAUUCAUCAUUUAACAUUUCAAAUUGUUAAGAUUGACUAGUUUUCGAUAACGCUAAAUCUGGAAUCGUUAUGCAUCAAUUAGCGUUAGCUAUGAAAGAGAAUGGACUUUGCUAUAAACAUAAAUGAAAAAGGUAUCUAUUAGUAAGUAGUAACCUAAUUUUGAACCCCGGUUUACGAGUACACUAUUGUUAUCGAUGCUAUUAGAUGUUCAAUGAUGAUUGAUUUAUAUUUUUCAUGCAUAUCAUGAAAAAAAUAGAACUACGAACUAUCUCUCGAUGCACCAAUCUUAUCUAUCCCUUGAAUUGUCGAAACUUAUAAACUCAUAUGUGGCCCUUAAACAAUUCCUCAAUUAGAGAAAGAUGAGGAUUAGGAAGGGCCCCAGAGUGGACAAAUCAGCCUCGCAAGAUUAUGGUCCAAAGUCAUUUCGCAUUUAUUUUUUGGUGGAACAAAAGUCUUAUGAAAUU